GGUUGGGGGGCAUACCCAAGACGGAUAGAUAUGUAUCCCACGUAGCAGUAGUAACUGUCCAUACUCUCGGAUUUUGACAGCAAUACGGAUGGUUUCCGAAAAUCAAAUUUUUCACGCAAAUGACUGAGAAGGGUUGCUGUUAAAGAUAUUUCACGUUUAGUAUAGGGGCUGACCCAUUGCACCGGCUUUGUUUUUUUUUUUUGUAUUCACAAAGUCAAUUUUCUGGAUACACAGAAUGACACAGAUUGGAAUAAAUACAGAGGACUGAUCCUAAGUGGUGUGCCACAAGCAGGUAAAGAUAAAUACCCUGGAGCAGAGAAGAAACACAAGGAAACUAAUUAUGACUUACAACAACAAAGAACUGGUGGCAUACUAUAUUACCUAUAAACUAUCCCAGAGAAACUACCCCAUCAAUCACACUGGGCUCACAGGAGCAUUUGAUCGGACUGAGGGGGGAGAGGUGGAAGAGGUGGCAGCAGUCACCAUGCACCCCAAUGGCACAAUGAAUGGGACGAGUCCUGGGACUCCAACACAACAGUCCCCCCCCUCAUCUCCUCGGCGGACAGUUGGCCUGGAUGCAGUGAAAGAGGCACUGCGGGACUCUGCCAACGAGUUUGAGCUGCGUUACGCCCUAGCAUUCAGUGACCUGUCAUCCCAGCUGCACCUCACACCGGCUACAGCCUACCAGAGCUUUGCAAGUGUGAUGGAUGAGGUGUUCCGGGAUGGGGUGAACUGGGGAAGGGUUGUGGGCCUGUUUGCGUUCGGAGGGGCCCUCUGUGUAGAGUGCGUGGAGAAGGAGAUGAGCCCCCUUGUGGGACGGAUUGCUGACUGGAUGACCGUCUACCUGGAUAACCACAUCCAGCCCUGGAUCGAGAGCCAAGGAGGAUGGGACCGUUUUGCAGAGAUCUUUGGGAAGGAUGCUGCAGCCAACAGCAGGAAGUCUCAGGAGAGCUUUAAGAAGUGGCUGCUGGCAGGAAUGACGCUGGUUACAGGAGUUGUCGUUGGGUCUCUUAUUGCUCAGAAACGCCUGUGAGAACAACAACCACAGACUCCAUUAUGUGUGGGGGAAAAAUAAAGUUUUUUUUUUUUCUUCCUUUAAACAUCUUCCUUGAUUUGCCAAGAAAGGACAUUUAUGUUUGAACCUUAUAUCCCAUAAUGCACUGAGGACACAAACUGUUGAGGCCACUGAGUGUCUCUGUUACCCUCAUCAAACUCCUCCAAACAAAAAAACAAAACAAAGGAGGGUAGAACGGUCUGGGUUUUCUUUGUUUACUCUUGCCUGUCAUUUCUCCAGUUGCUGUAUUAAUUACAUUUUACAAAUUUACUUUAAUUUUGUAUGCUGUGCUCCAUUUAUAGGGAAUGUUCAAAGAUCAGAAACUGAUACCAGAAAAUGAAUCCAGAUCCAAUAGUGUUUGAUCUGAUAGGAUUAGUACUUCCCAUCACUGAGGUUUGUCUGAUGCUCGUCUCUGACCUCCACUGGUAUGAAGGUCGUUGUAUAGACUGACAGGGAUAAAGGAUGUAGUCAGUCUGUAGACGAUCCAGAGGUAUGGAGUGAGACAUGGUUGCUUUGUAGAUACAGUGCCUCCCAAACAUCUAACCAGCAAAAUAUGACUAUUUCACUCUCAAUAAUUUAAAAACAUUGUAUUAAAAAAAAAGGUUAUGAGAUUAUAGUAAAUUAAUGAGUGAUUCAGACAGUUUUCAGUCUUGAUGCUAGCUCUGUCAUAACAGGUGAUUUUGCUCUGAUAAGAGUAAGUUCAUUGAAUUUUCUGUGUAUGUGUUUUUAACAUUCUAAACCAUUAAAACCCAUGUGAUAAUUCUC